UAUAGCAAAAGAUCUUACCAAAAGUUCAAAGCUACUAGAUAAGAUCAUAUAAUCUUAAAAUAAAACAAGAAAUAUAUCAUAAUUUAUUUAAUAGAAUGAUUUAUAAAGAGUGAUGUGUAAGUGUUUUAUUGAUUUGUUACAUAUCUUAUAAUUCCAUCUCCUUAAGAUCUCUUCCCAAAGAAACAAAAGCAUAUAGAGUUAUGAGAAUUGGUCUACUCAGCCUUGUUUGGAGAAGUCUUUUUGCAUAUUAUUAUAUAUACAUGUACUUUCACAAGAAACUAAACCAAAAAAAAAAAAGCAUUCUUGAUUUCAUUUAUAAUGUCUUCACAACUUUUGACGCUCCUCUUUCUCCUAUGUGCUGCUGUGAUCUACCACAUUCCCGUCGUGACUUGCGAACCAUGGUGCUCGGCGAUGCCUUCUUCCACAGCUGAGCAGUUACAAUUCAACAUUAACUUUGCUUGCAGACAUGUGGAUUGUGCACCGAUCCAACCCGGUGGAUUUUGCUAUUACCCUAAUACUUUACUAGACCAUGCUUCGUUUGUCAUGAACUCUUACUACCAGAGUCAAGGUCGCACUUAUGCUGCUUGUAGCUUCGGCAAUACUGGUUACCUUAUUUAUUCCGACCCAAGUUCUGGCACAUGUGUAUUUUAAACUUAGUUUUAAAAAGAACUCUUCAUAAAACCUAUAAAUUGUAAUUUUGUUUUAAUAAUGGGUUCCUGUUUUCGGACUCUUGUAUUCCCGAACUAAAAUUAUUGAAAUGGACGUUAUUAAAUAAAUUAUUCUGAAGUUUCAAUGUU